AUGCAGGGAUACCCCGAUCCGCCCGAGGAGGUGACGGCGGACGCGAAUGUGGGGGCGCUUUGUAAUCUAGACUCGUCUACCACCCUUUGCAAAGAAACACUUGACGACAGUGAAAUCAUGGCUUCUGAAAUCAACAAAGACAGAUUCUACCUUGCUUACUACAGUCGCGACGGAUGGACUGGAUUGGAUGGUGAACAAAACCGAUUCGACGUCGGCUUCCUGGCCCUCCCUAAGAAUGCGGAUCCCAAGUCACCCGAGGAAACAGCGAUGGCAUUUCUUGCAUCUGGUGUACCGAUCAGCGGUGAGCUUGGGUAUGUCUACAGUGCAAAGCGCUGGCCCGUUGCUGCUAAAAUACAGCGGCUUCACGGGUUACUUUAUCUCGGUAAACUCACUCACUCUCGGGACCAGAUAUGGGAAAUCCUGCAGAAGGUCCCUGUUGCACAAGGAAAGGAUUUUGACUGCACUCUCUGGACGCGAGAUGCCAUCAAGCAUGAAAAGGUAAUAACCGACCCAUAUGCAUUGGCUGCUAGUCCUGUUGACCUGUGGACUAUGGGCCACCAAUACACACGGAGCCAUCUCCAACUUUACAAGUAUUUUCUCACCAUUGGAUUGACAUACCGUGAAUGGGCAUCUUGUGGAAGCCUUCACCAGAAGAGCAGAGCGGAUGAGAGCGGAGAGCGAGAUAGAGCGAUGAGCGACGAAUGCAGAUGA